GGUAGCUAGUCAGCGAGCUUGCCAUAAUGUCAUAUCUAGCGGUAGUGUGUUAACGUAAUUUAAUUAGCGAUCCUCUGCUUUUAAGUUACCUGCUACAAACCAACAAAAACCGUAAUCAGGCUAGCUUCGGGUGAAGCUGAUGUCUGAUGGCUGCCAGUCCCAGCCUGUGGAUUACCACAUUGUCAGAUAUCUUUCUGUGGCUGACUGCCUUAUAUACAGCUUGUCAACUUUUCAAGGAUCACAGAGCCCCAGCACUGGGCUUGUUCCUGUUGUGCAGCACUGCGGGUCUGUGCUCCCUGCCCGUCUCUAGCCCGGCUCUGAACUGCAUCCAGCGUGAGCUGGAGUGGGCGGGGGGAGUGCUGGCCCCGGCUCUGGUGUCGUUCGGCUUCCUGUGGCUCAGUCAGGACCGCUCCACGGCCCAUGUGCUGCUGCUGGGCUCCGCGCUUCUCAUGGUGCUCCACGACUGGCUGUCACCGGAGGCCCUGGUGCUGAUGUCACGCUGUCUGGCGCUGUCAUCGCUAAGCUGCUCGCUCACCGUCUGCCUUUUCACAGCCAAUGUGGCCGGGGCCUUUGCGAGUGUGGCCCUCAGCCUGCCCGCUCUUGUGGCUCCUGUGCCCGGGGCCAUAGCUUUCACACCGCUAGUCUCCACUGAGGUUGCAGAAGGAUAUCUCAAGUGUCUCCUGAAAGGGCUGAUGGCAAUUGGGUGCCUGUCUACAAAGCCAGCACUGGGAAAGUACCUGCAGGACUUCACAGAAUGGGACUGAACUGACCUGAGGCAUUGCAUUCGACCUUCAAACAGAUGACUCUUUGACACCCCCUUGUGGAUUGUCAUUGUCAUUCAUGCUGAGAGCUUCCAAGUGAAAAGCCUGCAAGUACAGCCUGUUCAGUGUAGAGCCCUUAAACAAUU